AUGGCCAGAAUGAAUUUUCUCUCCUUCCUCCUCCUUUGCUUGACUUCGGUUGCCAAUGGCAACAAAGCCAAUAAGCACAAGCCAUGGAUCGAGACAGAGUACCAGGGGAUUGUCAUGGAGAACGACAACACCGUGCUGCUCAAUCCCCCACUCUUUGCCCUGGACAAAGAUGCUCCACUUCACUAUGCUGGUGAAAUUUGUGGCUUCCGGGUUCAUAAUGGCCCCUCGGGAUCAGGUUCGGUCCAGUUUGAAGCUGUGGUUCUGGACCGCUCCACUGGCGAAGGUCUGGUCCGGUCCAAGGAGCCACUGGACUGUGAGAGCCAGCGGGAGCACAGCUUCACCAUCCAGGCCUACGAUUGCGGGGAGGGACCUGAUGGAGUCAACAGCAAGAAAUCUCACAAGGCCACCGUGCAUGUUCGUGUAAACGACGUCAAUGAGUUCUCCCCCGUGUUCGUCGAGCGUCGCUACGAGGCCUCGGUCCCAGAAGGGCGUCUGUUUGACCGAAUCGUGCGCGUGGAGGCUCUGGAUGCCGACUGCUCCCCACAAUACAGCCAGAUUUGCUUCUAUGACAUCAUCACUCCCAAUGUGCCCUUCGCUAUUGACAACGAUGGUAACAUUAAGAACACAGAGCCGCUGGAUUCGAAGCAUCAGCGUGUUCACACCUUCUGGGUGACCGCCUUUGACUGUGGAAAGAACCGCGCUCAGGCUGACGCCCAGGUUGUUGUCACGGUCAAGCCGUCCUGCAAACCCGGAUGGAUCGGAUGGACCAAGCGUGUAGAGUACACACCCGGGUCAGGUAGCAUCCCCCUGUUCCCCAGUUUGCAUUUGGAGACCUGUGAGGAGACCGUGUGGAACAUCCAGGCCACCGUAGAGCUCCAGACCGGCCACAUUGGGAAGGGCUGUGACAGAGACAGCUACUCUGACAGAUCUGUGCGCCGACUGUGUGGUGCUGUCAGGGGAGAAGUAGACCUGCUCCCACCUCCAUCUCCUGCAGCCAACUGGACCUCAGCUCUGCCCACCCUCCCCUCCUCUGACUCAUCUCUGGUCUUCUCCUUCAACGGAUCCAACCAUGUUGCUGUGGUGCCGGAUUCGGUUGUCUCAGCACUGUCAGGCGACCACUUCACCCUGCAGCUGUGGAUGCGAAGGGGUGGUGCCAACAUCCAGCCUGCGACCACCCAGACCAGAGGAAAUCGCAAAGAGGAGGAGACCAUCCUGUGCAGCACUGUCAAGAACGAUGACUCCUUCUCCCACUACUCCCUCUCCGUCCACGGCUGCCGCCUCUCUCUCUUCUACUGGCCCGACGUCUCAGCCGCACGCCCUGUCAAGUUCUUGUGGAAACUGGAGCAGGUGUGUGACAGCGAGUGGCAUCAUCUUUCACUCAGUGUCCAGUUUCCCUCUGUGACCCUGUAUGUGGAUGGUGUGACCUUCGACCCCGCCCUCAUCCAUGACAAUGGAGCCAUCCCCAACCCUGCCCCCCGACAGAGGAUGUUCAUCGGCGCCUGCUGGGAGCCCGAAGACAAACAGAAGGAGAUACUAAACAACACCAUCCCAGAGGGUAAAGACUCAGUGAAGUAUGUAGGUGGUUACCAUGGCCUGUUGUCUGGGGUGACGGUGCGUCCCGGCAGCGUGGAGCCUCACAGUGUGGUGGAGUGUCUGUAUGCCUGCAGGGAGGGCCUGGACUUUGGAGACCUGGAGACUCUGGGCUCUGGCAUGAAGGUCCAUGUGAACCCCAGCCAGUCUGUGUUAGUGCUGGAAGGAGACGACAUUGAGAGCUUUAACCGUGCAGUGCAGCAGGUCACCUACAGAAACUCUCUACGCUUCGCCACGCCUGGAGUCCGACCCCUCAAACUCACCACCUCACUCAGAUGUUUCAAUGAGGAGAGCUGCCUGUCCCUCAAGCAGCUGGAGGGCUAUCUGGUGGUUCUCCAACCUGACGCCCCUCAGAUCUCUCUAUCUGGGGUCGGCCCUCAUCUGGCUCGUCCUGCCCCUGAGUUCGAAGGUCCCCGCGGUGUCCCACUUUUCCCCGAGCUCCGCAUCGUCUGUUCCCUGUCUCAUGCUGUCAACACUGCUGCACAGGGGAUGGAGGGUGGAGCUCUGAUGUCCGACGCUGUGGCUCACACCUUGGAUGGCUGUGAGGUCCAACCACUGGGGGAGGAGCUAAACCCAGAGAGGGAAGAGCUUCUAGUGGACAUGGAUGUUGUGCAUGAGAGAGGACUGGAAAUCAUCAAUACUACUGCUUACAUUGCCAUCACAGGUGCCGAAUCCAUCUCUGUGUACGAGGACGUCCUUCGCUCAGUCCGCUACCGACUGGCAAAAGGCUCAGCCCGCUUUGAGAGGCGGUUCCGCCUGUCCUGCUCUGAGAUGAAUGGCAGAUACACCAGCAAUGAGUUGACUCUGGAGGUAAACUUCCUCCACUCUCUGGACAGUCUGUACCACCCGUCCCACCUGCUGGCCUCCCAGCAGCAGUUUCUUCAUCCAUCCCACCACGCUGGAGAGUUGAGUGGUCACACCCUGCCCAAUCCACACCGCAACUCAGUGGUACCAGGAGCAGCCACCGUUAUCAUAAUGGUGUGCGUGGGUUUCCUGGUGGUCAUGGUGAUCCUGGGUGUUUUCCGAAUUCGCUCCAUCCAUCGCCGUGGCGAAGGCGCCAGGGGCGGGGCCAAGGAGGGUAGCAGCCAGUGGGACGACUCUGCACUCACCAUCAUCGUCAACCCAAUGGAGUCAUAUGAGUCUCGUAUGGGAAUCUGUGCUGACAACGAAGGGGAGGGGGAGGAGGAGGAGGAGGUAGCGGAGUCACCUGAUGAUACGAGCGACGACCAGCGAAUCAUUAUCAAGAAAGAGGGGAGAGACGGCAACGCCCGUCGCUACUGA